AUGGAGGAGACAGUGGUGCGGCCCUCGGUGUUCGUGGUGGACGGACAGACGGACAUCCCGUUCAGGAAGCUGGAGCGCAAGCCCCGGAGACAGGCUUGCAGUGCUGCCCGGCUGAGUCUGGUCCUCCUUCUGCUGCUGCUCGUGGCCGGGCUGGCCCUACAAGGGUGGUUUCUGCUGCACCUGCACUGGCGCCUGGGACAAAUAGUCACCUCAUUGCCGGAGAGAGAUACAGGAUCCUGGGAGCAGCUGACGCCAGAGGCAAGGUCCCACAAGGCGAACCCGGCAGCACAUCUGACAGGGGCCAACUUCAGCUUGACCAGCAGUGGGGGCCCGCUGCUAUGGGAGUCAAAGCUGGGCCUGGCCUUCUUGAGGAACCUCCACUACCAAGAGGGUGCCCUGGUGAUUGUCCAAGCCGGCUACUAUUACAUCUACUCCAAGGUGCAGCUAGGGGGAGUGGGCUGCCCAAAGGGGCUGGCCAGAGGCCUGCCCAUCACCCACGGCCUCUACAAGCGCACACCCCGCUAUCCCGAGGAGCUGGAGCUGCUGGUCAGCAGGCAGUCACCCUGUGAGCAAGGGACCGACUCCCGCGUCUGGUGGGACAGCAGCUUCCUGGGCGGCGUGGUGCACCUGGACGCAGGGGAGGAGGUGGUCGUUCGGGUGCUGGAGGAGCGCCUGAUCCGGCUUCGGGAUGGUACACGCUCCUACUUCGGGGCCUUCAUGGUGUGA